AUGGUGGGGGGGGGGUGGGGUUGGGUAGGUGUGGUGUGUGUGGGGAAGUGGGGGGAGGUGUUUGGGAGUUUUUGUGUAGUGGUGGGGGAGGGGGGGGGGGUUGGUUGUGAGUGGGGGGGAGAGGUGGGGGUUGUGGGUUUGUGGAUGGUGGAUGGGUUGAGUGUGGGGGGGGGUUUGAGGUGUUGUGGGGGUUGUGAUGUGGAGUGGGAGGGGUGUUGUAGGUGGGGGGGUGGGGGGGGGUUUGAAUGGUGGUGGGAGUGGGGAGUUGGGGGUUUGAUGGUGGGGGUGUGGGGUGGUUUUGGUUGUGUUGGGGGGUGGGGUGUUGAUAGGUUUGGGGUGGGGUAUAGAGUGGAGUGUUGUGAUGUUAUUGUGUGGGGUUGGGUGGGGUGGGAGGUGGGGGGAUGGUGGGAGGUGGGGGGUAUUAGGUGUGGUUUGAGGGAUGAAAUGGUUUUGUUAGGGGGGGGGGGGGUUUUAGGGUUGAGUGUGUAUGGUGGGGGGGGUUUGUGGUGGUUGUAUAGGUUUGUGUUGGUGGUUGGUGUGGUGUAUGGGUUGUUGAGGAGGGGUAGUUUGGGGUAG